UCCGAUUCCAACAGCACCAACAACGCAUCAACCCCCCAAAAAAGCAAAGAAAUUUAUCAUGAGUAGUAGUAGCCAUAGCCAUAAACACACUCAUCACAUUUCCACGACAACAACCACAACACCACCAACCAAAGGCAACGCCAACGCCAACACGCAGGCUUGCGCUGCGUGCAAAUACCAGCGCAGAAAGUGCGCCUCCGACUGCAUUCUAGCCCCCUACUUUGCCCACGACCGCCAGCGCCAGUUCCUCAACGCUCACAAGCUCUUCGGUGUCAGCAACAUCAAGAAAAUCAUCAAACACCUUGACCAGCCGGACAAGGACGAUGCCAUGCGCACCAUCAUCUUCCAGUCUGACGUUCGCGCCAACGACCCUGUUGGCGGUUGCUACAGAAUCAUUCGUGAGCUGCAGCGCUUGAUCGAGUACAACAAGGCCGAGCUCGACAUUGUUCUUCACCAGCUAGCCAUAUGCAGAGCACAGGCACAACAAGUUCAUCAACAACAACACCAAAACCAGAUUCCAAUGCCCGAAAUCGGAGAUCAAAACGCGUGCGAUCCGUUGAAAGUUGUGGACCCUUGGAGCUUGUACGGCAACCCAAUAGGGCAUUUUUAUUACAUUCAACAACCUCAGCCUCCUCACCAUGCAGUUGCACUGCAACAAGAACAACAACAACAACAAGUGCCUUAUGUGCUUGUUCAAAACAAUACUAAUAGCAACAACAAUAGUGACAUUACUAAUGGGGACCCACAUCCAUAUCCACAUCAGCAUUUGCAUGAAGACUUGAGCAUGUGGGCCAUGCAGGAUUCUGUCUCUUGCUUGGGUAUCAAGCAAUGUGGUGGUGGGAUGAAUGGGAUUACCAAUGUAUGUGAGGAUUUGAAGCCGUUCGUUGAUCAGAUUGCUUGUGGUGACGAUCAUGAGAGAAAUAAUGGGGAGGUGAUCGAUAUUAAUGGUGAUCAUCAACAAAGGUUCUUAGUGACAAACACAGAAUUACUCAUGUCAUCCUAAUGUUUUUUAUUUAUUUAUUCAGUUUUUAUUUUUAAAUUGAGGUAGAUAGUUGGGUUAGGUUUGAGGGUAAAGUUGUUUUACCACUUGAGCUAGAAAUCCCUAGUUGCCCCACACGAUAAGAAUUUCUUAUUCAUCCUCACAUAUUUUACCAGUUGUUGAGCUCGCACAGAACCAAUCAUCUUUUUUUAGCUCAAUUCUUUUAAUUAAUUAGUAUUUUUCCUA